AUGCCCCGGGCGACUGCUCUCGAGGUCCCGGUGCCACUGUUGCCGCCUCUCCUCCUGCUGCUGCUAGCGCCGCUACCCCGCGGCGCCGAGGGGCUCGCGGAGCUCUUGGACGCCGCCCCGGACUAUUCGGCGCUGGAAGGCGAGGAGGGCGCGGAGCAGCAGCUGGAGCAUUACCACGACCCGUGCAAAGCCGCUGUCUUUUGGGGAGACAUUGCCUUAGAUGAAGAGGACCUGAAGUUAUUUCACAUCGACAAAGCCAGAGACUGGAUCAAGCAGUCGGGAGAGGAAGGGGGACAUAGCACAGGUGGACUGGAGGAGCAGCCAUCUGAGGGCUGGGAGAAUGCAACAGCUGCCAACACCAGCCGUGAGGAAGCUAGCAAGGAUGGCGAGGACAAUGCCGUGCUCCUGCACAGGCCCCGGACCUCGGAUGCCCGAGCUGAGACCUUUUCUCCACGCGUCCGAAGAGCCACAACCUCGAGGACAGAGAGAAUAUGGCCUGGAGGGGUCAUCCCCUACGUCAUCGGUGGGAACUUCACCGGAAGCCAGAGGGCCAUUUUCAAGCAGGCCAUGAGACACUGGGAGAAGCACACCUGUGUGACCUUUGUAGAAAGGACUGACGAGGAGAGCUUCAUUGUGUUCAGUUACAGAACCUGUGGCUGUUGUUCCUAUGUUGGGCGCCGAGGAGGAGGCCCACAGGCCAUAUCCAUUGGGAAAAACUGUGACAAGUUUGGCAUUGUGGCUCACGAGUUGGGCCAUGUGGUUGGGUUCUGGCAUGAACACACCCGGCCAGAUAGAGACCAGCAUGUCACCAUCAUCAGAGAAAACAUCCAACCAGGUCAGGAGUAUAAUUUCUUAAAAAUGGAAGCUGGGGAAGUGAGCUCUCUGGGAGAGACCUACGACUUUGACAGCAUCAUGCACUACGCCCGGAACACCUUCUCAAGAGGAGUUUUCUUAGACACCAUCCUCCCCCGCCGAGACGACAAUGGCAUCAGGCCGACCAUUGGCCAGCGCGUGCGGCUCAGUCAGGGAGACAUAGCUCAAGCCAGGAAGCUGUACAAAUGCCCAGCAUGUGGAGAGACCCUGCAGGACACAACAGGAAACUUUUCUGCACCUGGUUUCCCAAAUGGCUACCCUUCUUACUCCCACUGCGUCUGGAGGAUAUCGGUCACGCCAGGGGAAAAGAUUGUCCUGAACUUCACAUCCAUGGAUUUGUUUAAAAGCCGCCUGUGCUGGUAUGACUAUGUGGAGGUCCGGGAUGGUUACUGGAGAAAAGCCCCCCUGUUGGGUAGGUUUUGUGGCAAUAAAGUCCCGGAGCCCCUCACCUCCACAGACAGCCGGCUCUGGGUGGAGUUCCGGAGCAGCAGCAGCAUCUUGGGCAAGGGUUUCUUCGCGGUGUACGAAGCUACGUGUGGGGGAGACAUUAACAAAGACGCUGGUCAGAUUCAAUCUCCCAACUACCCCGAUGACUACAGACCUUCCAAGGAAUGUGUUUGGAGGAUUACGGUUUCAGAAGGGUUUCACGUGGGACUUACCUUCCAAGCUUUUGAGAUCGAAAGGCAUGACAGCUGCGCCUACGACUACCUGGAGAUCCGCGACGGCCCCACGGAGGAGAGCGCUCUGAUUGGCCAUUUUUGUGGCUAUGAGAAGCCGGAAGAUGUGAGAUCGAGCUCCCACAGAAUGUGGAUGAAGUUUGUGUCCGACGGCUCUAUCAAUAAAGCGGGCUUUGCAGCCAAUUUUUUCAAGGAGGUGGACGAGUGUUCCUGGCCAGAUCACGGCGGGUGUGAGCAGGGCUGUGUGAACACUCUGGGCAGCUACAAGUGCUCCUGUGAUCCUGGCUAUGAGCUGGCCGCCGACAAGAAGACGUGUGAAGUGGCCUGUGGUGGUUUUAUUACCAAGCUGAACGGGACCAUCACCAGCCCAGGGUGGCCGAAGGAGUACCCCACCAACAAGAACUGCGUCUGGCAGGUGGUGGCCCCUGCCCAGCACAGGAUCUCCCUUCAGUUUGAAGUGUUUGAGCUGGAAGGCAAUGAUGUCUGCAAGUAUGACUUUGUGGAGGUCCGCAGUGGCCUGUCCCCUGAUGCCAGGCUGCACGGCAAGUUCUGUGGCUCUGAGAUGCCCGAGGUCAUCACCUCCCAGAGCAACAACAUGCGUGUGGAGUUCAAGUCAGACAACACGGUCUCCAAGCGUGGCUUCAGAGCCCACUUCUUCUCAGACAAGGACGAGUGUGCCAAGGACAACGGCGGGUGCCAGCACGAGUGUGUCAACACGUCUGGGAGCUACCUGUGCCGCUGCAGGAAUGGGUACCGGCUCCAUGAGAACGGGCACGACUGCAAGGAAGCUGGCUGUGCCCACAGGAUCAGCAGUGCGGAGGGGACCCUGGCAAGCCCCAACUGGCCCGACAAGUACCCCAGCCGGAGGGAGUGUACCUGGAACAUCUCUUCCACCGCGGGCCACCGUGUGAAACUUACAUUUAACGAGUUUGAGAUCGAGCAGCACCAAGAAUGUGCUUAUGACCACCUGGAGCUGUAUGACGGGCCUGACAGCCGGGCCCCCCUCCUUGGCCGCUUCUGCGGCAGCAAGAAACCGGACCCUGUGGUGGCUUCAGGCAGCAGCCUGUUUCUCAGGUUCUAUUCAGAUGCGUCUGUGCAGAGGAAAGGCUUCCAGGCGACUCACAGCACAGAGUGCGGGGGCAGGCUGAAGGCUGAAGUGCAGACCAAAGAGCUGUAUUCCCACGCCCAGUUUGGGGACAACAACUACCCGAGCCAUGCCCGCUGCGACUGGGUGAUCGUGGCGGAGGACGGCUAUGGCGUCGAGCUGAUCUUCCGGACCUUUGAGGUGGAGGAGGAGGCCGACUGUGGGUACGACUACAUGGAGGCCUACGACGGCUACGACCGCACCGCGCCCAGGCUCGGCCGCUUCUGCGGCUCUGGGCCACUGGAAGAGAUCUACUCUGCAGGAGAUUCUCUGAUGAUUCAGUUCCACACGGAUGACACCAUCAACAAGAAAGGCUUUCAUGCCCGAUAUACUAGCACCAAGUUCCAGGAUGCCUUGCACAUGAAGAAAUGA